CAUCAGCAGAGCCAAUAGGAACAUAGGAUACAUCAGCAGAGCCAAUAGGAACAUAGGAUACAUCAGCAGAGCCAAUAGGAACAUAGGAUACAUCAGCAGAGCCAAUAGGAACAUAGGAUACAUCAGCAGAGCCAAUAGGAACAUAGGAUACAUCAGCAGAGCCAAUAGGAAUAUAGGAUACAUACGCAGAGCCAAUAGGAACAUAGGAUACAUCAACAGAGCCAAUAGGAACAUAGGAUACAUCAGCAGAGCCAAUAGGAAUAUAGGAUACAUCAGCAGAGCCAAUAGGAAUAUAGGAUACAUCAGCAGAGCCAAUAGGAACAUAGGAUACAUCAGCAGAACCAAUAGGAACAUAGGAUACAUCAGCAGAGCCAAUAGGAACAUAGGAUACAUCAGCAGAGCCGUUGGUGUUGUUCUGAAACUGAAAAAAUUAAAGUGACGAAUUUCGACAAUUUUUGACACUGUGGUCGUAACCUGCUCUGUAUGACAGAAGGGGCGUGGCCACCAGGGGGUACUGCAGAAUGGUGCAUUUUGGAAAGCGUAAUGUUUAAAGUGGAUGUUUUUUUAUUCAGCCAGGUGAGGCAGGAACUGUGAUGUCAUUUCCUUUAUUUUUAUGUUACAGCUCUUCCAUCUGAUCCUCCUGCUCUCUGUUUGGCUCCUCCCACUUUCACUUCACUGUGCCUGAACAACUAGAUGAGCUUGAGGUUUAAAUAUAUCUUACUGACAGAAACAAGCUCAAAAUAGUGUCAGUGCAACACACACACACCCACACACACACACACACACACACACACACACAACCGGGCUAGUUGGGAAAGAGUGAUAAAAGUGUGUCUCUAGACAAUAACUGUUUAAAGACACUUCGUGUUUGUAGUUAGAUAUACAAAUAAAUAUUCUAGUGGACAAAAGCUUUGACUUUCUGUAUAAUGGACAGAGGACCAGCAGAAGAAAAAGUGGACUCUGGUUAUGAGACCCCACCCACCUGCAUCCUAUUGGACCUCUUGCUGAAAAGCCGCCGCCCUUCAGGCCCAUUUAACGAAGUCUGGCCCAACAUUGUUAUCUCUGAUGCGUAGACACACAGCAACGGAUCUACCGCUGCUGAAGGCCCUGAGAGUGACUCAUGUAGUGAACGCUGCCCAUGGCCCCACCCACAUAGACACAGGCUCCGCCUUUUACUCAGACUCACACAUCCAGUACCAUGGUGUACAGGCUCCAGACAGCAGAGACUUUAACCUGUCAGUUUUUUUCUACACCACAGCUGACUUCAUCCACACUGCUCUGGCGCAGGACUCAGGUAAAGUGUUGGUUCACUGUGCUCGGGGAGUUAGCCGCUCGGCUACGCUAGUGUUAGCAUACCUCAUGAUCUAUGAGCGGCUCACGGUGGCCGAGGCGAUCGAGGCAGUUCGAGGUAACCGGAACAUUCUGCCUAAUGUUGGAUUUCUGGAACAACUACGAGAUCUGGAUGUUAGACUCAGUCUGCAGAGGAAAAACAUAAAAACAAGCUCAUCCAGAGGACAAAUGGCAUCUAAUGGUUCAAAGUUUGGCCUGAAGGCAGAUGUUCCUGAGGACAAACAAGAAUACGUGACACCCAGUAACUAUGAGCUGGAGAAGCUGCUAUCACGUAGCACUGUAGCGUAUACACACGUCAACGAAGUGUGGCCAAACCUCUUCAUAGGAGACGAGCAGACAGCCCGGAACCGUUACGGGUUAGAGAAACUGGGUGUGACGCACGUUCUGAAUGCUGCAGAAGGUGAGAGGAACAGUGUGUGUACUGGAGCUGGUUACUAUAGCAACAUGGACAUAGAGUAUUAUGGUAUUGAGGCAGAAGACAUUCCUUCGUUCAACAUCAGUGUACACUUCUUCUCUACGGCUGAGUAUAUGAGACACAUCCUGAGUAACACACAGAACAAGCUACUAGUACACUGUGUAAUGGGACGCAGCCGCUCGGCCACGCUGGUCCUCGCCUACCUGAUGAUCGAGGAGAUGAUGACGCUGGUGAAGGCCAUCGAGCAGGUGAAGCACCACAGGCAGAUCAUCCCUAACCGGGGCUUCCUGAAGCAGCUGAGGGACCUCGACAUGUUCCUUGUAGAGCAGAGGCAUGAACACACACACUCUCUGACUGCAGAAGGUUCGGAGACGACUAAUCAAUAACACCAACACACACCCGAAGGACGUGUGAGCGCUUCAUCAAUAUUUUAUCAAUUACUGACAUCUAGUAAAUGUUCCACACUUCUGUGCUACAACCUACACGGAGCUGCACACCUCUGUAAUAAAGUCAUGAGUCAUUAUAACAGAAGUAAUUAACUCUAUUAUUAAAUCUUUACACUGUUCAAUAAAUAAAUCUGUCCUGUAAUCUGUUUAUUAUCUG